UCGGGUCUCCUGGCCUAGAUUGUGGCCGCCCGGGGAUGGCAGCGGCGGUGGCGACGGUGACCCCGGCUCCGGAAGGCAGCGGCCCCGGCAUGGGAUCCCGGCUGGACCAGGAGACCGCGCGCUGGCUGCGCUGGGACCAGAACCCUUUAACCUUGGAGGCAGUGAAACGACUCAUUGCAGAAGGCAAUAAGGAAGAGCUGCAAAAAUGCUUUGGGUCCCGGAUGGAGUUUGGAACAGCUGGUCUUCGUGCUCCUAUGGGCGCGGGGAUUUCUCGCAUGAACGACUUGACCAUCAUCCAGACUACACAGGGAUUUUGCAGAUACCUGGAGAAACAGUUCAGUGACCUGAAGCAGAGGGGCGUUGUGAUCAGCUUUGAUGCUCGUGCCCACCCCGCCAGUGGAGGCAGCAGCAGAAGGUUUGCCCAACUGGCUGCCACCACGUUUAUCAGCCAGGGGAUUCCCGUGCACCUCUUUUCUGAUAUUACCCCAACCCCUUUCGUGCCCUACACAGUGUCACAUCUGAAACUUUGCGCUGGGAUCAUGAUCACAGCCUCCCACAACCCCAAGCAGGACAACGGUUACAAGGUCUACUGGGACAACGGUGCGCAGAUCAUCUCUCCACACGAUCAAGGCAUUUCCCGGGCCAUUGAAGAAAAUCUUGAGCCCUGGCCGCGGGCUUGGGAUGUGUCUUUGAUUGACGGUAGUCCCCUUCUCCACAACCCUAGCGCAUCUAUCCACAAUGACUACUUCGAAGACCUAAAGAAAUACUGUUUUCACAGGAGUGUGAACAAGGAGACCAAGGUGAAGUUUGUGCACACAUCUGUCCAUGGCGUGGGUCAUGAGUUCGUGCAGUCGGCUUUCAAGGCCUUUGACCUCGCUCCUCCGGAUGCUGUUCCCCAGCAGGAAGAUCCCAACCCUGAGUUUCCAACUGUGAAAUACCCCAAUCCUGAAGAGGGUAAAGAUGUCUUGACUCUAUCUUUUGCAUUGGCUGACAAAACCAAGGCCAAAAUUGUUUUAGCGAAUGAUCCUGAUGCUGACAGACUGGCUGUGGCAGAAAAGCAAGACAGUGGAGAAUGGAGAGUCUUUUCAGGCAAUGAGCUGGGGGCUCUCUUGGGCUGGUGGCUCUUCACUUCUUGGAAAGAAAAGAACCAAGACCGCAGUGCUCUCAGAGAUGUGUACAUGUUAUCCAGCACUGUCUCCUCCAAAAUCUUGCGGGCCAUUGCCUUGAAGGAGGGUUUUCAUUUUGAGGAAACAUUAACUGGCUUCAAGUGGAUGGGAAACAGAGCCAAGCAGCUAAUAGACCAAGGGAAGACUGUCUUGUUUGCAUUUGAAGAAGCUAUAGGAUACAUGUGCUGCCCCUUUGUUCUGGACAAAGAUGGAGUCAGUGCUGCUGUCAUAAGCGCAGAGUUGGCGAGCUUUCUAGCAACCAAGGAUAUGUCUUUGUCUCAGCAGCUGAAGGCCAUCUACAUGGAGUAUGGAUACCAUAUCACCAAAGCUUCUUAUUUUAUCUGCCAUGAUCAAGGCACCAUUCAAAAAUUAUUUGGAAACCUGAGAAAUUAUGAUGGGAAGAAUAAUUAUCCCAAGAUGUGUGGCAGUUUUGAAAUCUCUGCCGUCAGAGAUCUUACAACUGGCUAUGACGACAGCCGGCCUGAUAAGAAAGCAGUCCUUCCUACUAGUAAAAACAGCCAGAUGAUCACCUUCACCUUUGUCAAUGGGGGUGUGGCCACCAUGCGGACCAGUGGGACAGAGCCCAAGAUCAAGUACUAUGCCGAGCUGUGUGCCCCCCCUGGCAACAGUGACCCUGAGCAGCUGAAGAAGGAACUGACGGAACUUGUCAAUGCUAUUGAAGAAAAUUUUUUCCAGCCUCAAAAGUAUCACCUACAGGCAAAGUCAGAAUAAGCAAUCCAGGACUGGCAGUCAUUAUUUUUACCUCCCUCAAAGCUGAACUUGACUUUUAAAGCAAUAUUCCUGAGUACCAAAUGAUUCCAAUGUCACAAGUAUUUACCAUAUUUUAAAUAGAUCUGCAUUCCCCAUUGUUUUAUUUUUGAUCUCUAAAGUAAGUAAAAGAUAAUGAGAUCCUACCAGCCAACAUUCUUAUUGAAAUGUUAAGCCUGAGCAUUCUCUGAAAUCUUUUUAAUGAAGACUUCAAAAAAUAAAUUCUAAACAUAGAUUGUAAUUACUAUACCUUAACUUGCAUAAAGUUAAGUCUUUUUUGUGAUUUUUUUAUGAGUAGCUGAAAUAGAAAAUUUAUAUCACUUUUUAGGUAUAUUUAUACUUGUUUCUAUCAGUUGCUUAUAAAGUAAAAUAAGUGAACAGAUCAAAUGUGUCAGUGAUUGGAGAAAAUAAAAUUGCAAAGAUAAGCUUUGUUUUUAACUUCAACUUUUUACUUCUCAUAAUGUCAUCCAUGUGCUAGAGUCAGUGGACCUGUCACGGUGCUGUUCCUCAGAGCUGAUGACCACUGUGGCUGGAGACUUAGCGUGUUCCAGAUCUGAAACCAAAUCACCUUGGAUUAUCUUUGGUCCCCUGGGGAACCAUUCUCUGCUCACCCCUGUGUUUGACCUACCAUCCUGUUGACUAUCUGGUGGCAUUCUUGAAUUUGGGGUCGGCAAAAAUUGAUUUUAACCUGAUAGUUACAACCCUACAGACACGUGCUGUAACCUGGCUCCCUGCCGUCCCCACCAGAGUGUGUGGUGAAUGCCUUGAUCUGUGACUUUCUUCUGCUUUGUAACGAAUAAAAGCUUACAUAACCAGUC